AUGCAAGCUUUGGUCGGAAUCAGCAACAGCCUAUUCCCCAAAAACCAAAUUCGCUUGUCGGUGCCGUUCCCAAAAAUUGGGUCCAGAGUUUUACCACGAUCUAGAAGUCGAAAUGGUUUGAGGAGUGCUAGCGGUCUGCCUAAAGUUGCCAAUAAUUGCAUUACUUCCAAAAACAUCAUUGAUUUAACGUUAUCAAGUGAGGAAGAACAAAAAGUUAAUCUUUCCGAUGAUGAAUCUUCUGCUCAAGAAUCACCAUCUAGAUCAAGUACAAAAAGUGCAAAGAAAAUGUAUAAAAGGGCAAAGACAGCCCGUUCGUCUAACCAAAAGACAAACGACAAUAACGUCGUUGAUAUUGCAUCAUCUCCUAUCAAAGAAUUACGGCCUACGCAUACUCCAUCUCCUACAAAACUAUCAUCAUCUCCGAUUAGAAAGAAGAAAUCAGUGGUUUUUUCAGACUUUCUUGUUUCAGAUGCCCCAAGCUCUCCGGCACCAAAUCAAACAAUCCUAGUUAAUGAUACUUUGACCCCUAGGAAAUCUAUUUUGAAGCCUAAUAUUUUUGGCAAGAACAGUAGCUCAUCGGACCCAAAUAAUACUGCAUUAUGGGUCAAAUCAUCAUAUACUUUGGAAAAUGAACAGCAUAACUCUCCUUCUAAUCCAAAGUUUUGGUUACCUGGUACAAUCAUUCAACUUACUCCUGACUCCCCUGACUUACCUCAAUUAGUCGAUGGUUGUUUAAAUGUUCUUAAAGACCCAGCUUUCAAUAAAAAAUUUGAGGUUUACGCUACUUUAAACCAUAUUUGCAAAUUUAAUAGUACUGAUGUUUUAAUGAAACUCUUCAUUACAAUGAAGAAAGCCCCAACUAUUGACAAUAAUAAUAUAGGUAACAGUCCCCUAGCAGCCCCAACUAGAAGUAAAUCACCAAGUUCCUUGGAUGACAAUUACAUAAAUGAGUUUUCCGGAUAUAUAAAACGUGACAUUCAAUUAAUAGAAGAUAAAUUGUUCAAUAAAAUACUGAAUUUGGGGGAUACAAAAGAUAAUUUACAAUCAGAUCACAAUGUUUCGCCUAGAAAGAAUGAUCCCUUUUCAAUAAGAAUUAUUAGUCAAGCGCUUAGAUUUAUGUUUCUUAUCAUUUCAAAUUCAGAACUUAACAAUUUUUUAUCUGUUAAUGAUGUCAAAUGGUUCUACAUGCAUUCCUGUCAGACUAUAAUAAAACCUGAAAUCUCCAAAACCCUACUUCUUCCCUAUUUAAGUAUAAUUAAAGACUGCAAAUUCACUGGUAGAAAGAAAAAGCUCAUUUUUGAACUACAAGGUAAUUCGUCUGUACUGGAACAUAUGUUAUUUGCAUUAUUGAAUAUGAAGAAUUUUACCAGCUCAUCUUUAGUGGUUGAAAAAUUCAUCACUUUAAGAAACUUGGUGCUGAAUUUCCCUGUAGUGAUGGCUCAAAACUUCCAUCAUUGGUUCAGCUUGCUUGUUAUCAAUUUAUGUGACUCGUCGUCCCCUCUUUACUCUAAAGUAAUAACCAUGGGAGUUUCUGCAUUGCUAGAAGUUGCUAGAACUUAUUUGGAAAAUCGAGAUAUUUUGGUUUCAGUUAGGAAAUUCAUGGAGUCCCCUUUACCUUCAGAAAUAAAAUCUUUUUCAUCUGAUGCAAAGAUUAGUGUAUCAAAUUUCGACCUUAAUCAUCCAGCCCCAUCGGGACUAGAAUACAUCAGCAAUUGCUUACUGAGCUUGAUUGAUAAUGGACAGUACAAACCAGCAAUGGAUAUCUGGGUGUCGCUCACCCUCCUAUGUAAUGACUCUUCGGAUGGAUUUGAAAACUGGUCAAAGUUAUCAUCUUGGUUACAAAUUCAUAAAUCCUGCUUUAAUAAACCGGAUAGUUCAGCAAGGAUCAUUGCCAUUACUAGCUGGAAAGCAAUUGUCUACAACUUGUGCUCUAAUGACUUUAACAACUUGAGAAAAUCAAUCGAACCAAUGGCUCCAAAUAGUCCAAAUUCUGGUGUGAAUAGUCCAAUGACACCGAGAAACAAAUCAAACCAACAGCAAGUAUUUAAUUCCUUACGUCCAAAAGUAAAGCUACUUUUACAUAUCUUACUUAACAUUUCCUCGCCUGAAAAUGAGCGGGAAAUCAUAGAUGUUCUUCAUAAUUUAUUUCUUUCUAUGGUUUAUAUGUUACUUAAUCCGUUAAAUAUGAGAGAUUCUUUAAAAUACACCCAUGUUUAUUGGGAUAAGGUGAUUCAACCAACACUUAUAGGUUUCCAUUUCAAAAAAGACGCAAGUUCUCACAUGAAUCAAUUGGGCCUUAAAUUUUUGACCAGGUUACUUAGUGGUGGAACACCCAUCACCGAGAGAAAUUUUAAUGAAAUACGUUGUCUCUCGAUUGAGCCACUUAGUCUAUUAGAAUUGAAUGGGCUUAAUCCGAAGUGGGUGCACAACAGAUUUGAUCGGAUUUUACAAACGAUUGCUUUGGUAUUCAAGCUUGACAAAGUUAAUGUUGAAGCAAAGGCUAACUACUUUAUUGCCUUUUUAAAUAACUUGAAACUUAGUACUAAGAAAGAAAUUAAGACUUCUGAGGCUACUUUUGACAUUAUUGAUGAUUUAACAUAUGUCUUAGGAAUAUUUUUCAAGCAUAACAAAAUUUCUUAUACCUUGGUUUUGAGGCUCUUGAGUGCUUUGAAGGAUACAUUCACUGGAUAUAACUUGAUGCAGACAACUGAUCCUCAUCAAAAUGUCUUCAUUUUAAUUUUACAAAAUACUAUUGAUGAUCUCAAUUCAAUGCAAUUGACAGAUAUGAUAACUAGCGUAUGCUCUUCAAUAGGUGAUAAGAUGCAGUUGCAAUUUACUUAUCAGCUCUUGAACUUAAAUAUCAACUUAAAAAAACCAGGAUUACAAAAGUUUGCAACAGAUAUUUUGGUCAAUGUUCGAGCAAAUAUCACAGAUAACUCUGAAUUAGAAGUUACUUCGAAAAUAUUAAACAUUUUAGAUCAAGAUUUUCAUAUUUUUGCCAAAAGACUCAUCCAGGACAUGGUAUUAGUAAGACAGGAAGAGUUUCAAAGAUUAAUCAGCAUUUUGAAGGUCCAUAACUGGUCACUUCCUAUUUUUAAAUUUUUCAUUAACUUGAUACAUGAUGCACCUUUGGCGCAUUUGAAGCAAAUGGGGCUCAACUUGAUUAUUUUAAAAUGGGAACAAGAGUCCUGCUUCAUUGAACUUUUAAAGUUUUUAACUGAUAAUGAUUUUCAUCUCGAAAUUUUCAAUUUGAAAAAAAACUUGCUAAAGAAAGCAUCAACGUUAGACGAGUAUGCAAAACUUGAUUUUGAAAAAAUUUGGUCCUCUUACUUGAACAAAACUGAGUCUGGAGGAAACUUUGUGUUGUAUGAUCAACUUCUUUUAACAACGUACGAGGGUGGAUUCGAAGUAGAAAAGUUUGUUAACGGAAACUGGGAUAGAUUACCUUUAUUAAAAGCUGCAUACACAGAAAAGAAAAGAAUUGAACAUGAACCUUCUUGUGGAGCAUUAGACCAAUCCCCAGAAACAAGUAUCAAGGAACCCGAAAGCGAAAGUUCUAAAGAACAACAAGUCUUUGAUCAAAACGACUCGCUCAAUCCUGAUGAGCUGAAAAAUUCAGAAGGUGAAAAUCAAUCAGGAUGUGGAGAGGCUUCGGUAACGACUUCCCUGCCUCAAGGUGAAGUAAUUCCUGAUCUGCUAUCCGACUCCGUGAACAAUGACGAAGCCAACUCUAGAGAGUCUUCGGUGCCAUUAGAGAAGACGGGGACAAAAAGUAAGAAAAGCAGCAAAUCACCUGGGGCGAAAUCUAAAAAGAAGAGUAAAAAGCAAAAAGAAAAUAAAAUGGAACCUCUAUCUUCACCUGACAAUUCACAAGAGAUGUUUGACAUACAUUCAUUUACUGCUCUUUUGACGCAGAAAUUGACUCCGGCACCAACUGAAGGAAUGACUAAGGCAGCAAAACGGAAAGCCAGAAGAAGUCGACUUCAUGCUCAAAAAAGAGCAGCAGAAUUAGCUCGCUUAGAGUUGGAAAAGAUCAAGGCUUCUGGUAAAAAAAUUAAAGAAGUUGAGAAUAUGUCUGAAAAAUUGCCCGAUAAAUCGUCUAAUGAAGAGGACUUGAUAUCAGAUAUUGACAGUAAUUCUUUAAAUGAAAUUAGCAGCUCCAAUGAAAUGGAAAGUAUAGAUGAUUCUGCAAAUCCUUUAGAAGAUAAGACUAUGACAGCGGAAAAGUGCAAAGAGGUUGGAAGACAAACUAGAAGUACUUUGAAGAGAAAAUCUAUUUCCCAAGAGCCUGUCGGCAGCAAGAGGCCAAAAGCACUGUCCAAUAAUAUAGAAACCAAUGCCCGUUCAAGUGACAAGCAAGUUCCAGAGUCCGAGGAAGAAUCCUUAGAAAAGCAAACUCCUCAAGACCAACCACAAGACAAAGAAUCCUUGAUACACAGUUCAGAUUCAAGGGACAAAUGUAUCAAGCUUGAGGAAAAGGCUGUUCGUUGCUCCUUGCAAUCAGAUAACACUCAACUGAAUUCAUUCAAUUCUCAAAGUUUUCAAGCCCAUUCAACAACUAUCCAGAGCUUGGAAAAAGGCAAUUCUGCCAAAACUUCAGAAGAAGACCAAUAUAAGAUUGUGGUUAGACCUUCACUUCCGGUGGUUCAAGAAAAUCCACAAAGCAUUUCUACCAACCUGCUUCAAAGAGUAGAUUCGUCCGAGUCUUUUUUAUCCAAUAGGGUUCAAGGAACUUUCCAAUAUCUAUCUGGGGUUAUUGGAGACAUCUCGCAAGAAGCCAUAAAUUCCAUGAAUCCGGAGGAGAAACACAGGCUAGAAACUGAGAUGAUUAAACUAAUGCUACGUUUAAGAACACCAACUGGCAGCCAAAGGCAAUUAAGUCAAUAAAUUUGUAAAUUAGUGUACCAUUA